AAACCUUAGCGCAACACGGGCACACCGAUUAAGGUUCACUGAGUGCCAGGGCCAGGCUGGGCUUCCUAUUGGUAGUUGCGGCGGGCGGAGCUCGGCCCCGGGACUCCGGGAGCGCUGAGCAGCGGAGGCCGACCGCGAGCCAGGAGAACCCGGCCACAGCGCGCUCCCGCCCCCGGCGCGGGCCACCGGCGCGAACUGCGCGGCGCGGCCGCCAGGGGGCGGGCCAGGGCGGCGGGAGGCGGGGCGCGGACGCGGAGACACGGACAACGCCGGGUCCCGUGACUGUGCGCCUCGCCCGGAGCCGUCGCCGCCGCCACCGUCAUGCAGUCCCCGGCGGUGCUCGUUACCUCCAGGCGACUUCAGAAUGCCCACACUGGCCUUGACCUGACUGUGCCCCAGCACCAGGAGGUGCGGGGCAAGAUGAUGUCCGGACACGUGGAGUACCAGAUCCUGGUGGUGACCCGCCUGGCUGCCUUCAAGUCGGCCAAGCACAGGCCAGAGGAUGUCGUCCAGUUCUUGGUCUCCAAAAAGUACAGCGAGAUUGAGGAGUUUUACCAGAAACUGAGCAGUCAUUACGCAGCAGCCAGCCUCCCGCCGCUCCCCAGGAAGGUCCUGUUUGUUGGGGAGUCUGACAUCCGGGAGAGGAGAGCCGUGUUCAAUGAGAUCCUGCGUUGUGUCUCCAAGGAUGCUGAGUUGGCAGGCAGCCCAGAGCUGCUAGAGUUCUUAGGGACCAGAUCCCCAGGGGCUGCCGGGCUCACCAGCAGAGAUUCCUCUGUUCUGGAUGGCACAGACAGCCAGACAGAGAAUGAUGAAGAGGCUUUUGACUUUUUUGAGCAGCGAGACCAAGUGGCGGAUGAGGGUCUGCCCAUCCAGGGCCUGAAGGACGAGGAUGCUGAGGAGUCCUUGGAAGAGGAGGAGGCGCUGGACCCUCUGGGCAUUAUGCGCUCCAAGAAGCCCAAGAAACAUCCCAAAGUGGCUGUGAAAGCCAAGCCCUCGCCCCGGCUCACCAUCUUUGACGAGGAGAUGGACCCCGACGAGGGGCUUUUUGGCCCAGGCACGAAGCUGUCCCCCCAGGGCCUCUCAGAGGACGCAUCAUCCAUGGACUCCCUGAAGCUGUUUGAAGAUCCUGACCUCGGCGGGGCUGUCCCCCUGGGUGACUCCCUCCUGCUGCCGGCCGCCUGUGAGCGUGGAGGGCCCAUGCCCAGCCUCGGCCACAGGAAUGCCUCCGAGAAACUGUUCAGCUGCAGAGGCCCACAUUAGACCUAGAUGAGAACCAUGAACUUGUCAACAGAGGGCUCUGGACAGAGUCGGAGAAGGAGCUAAGAUCCACAGCCACGGCUCUGAGGUGGCAGCCAGGAGCAGCCAGAGCCUCUACAAGCCAUGCCCUUUCGAAGGCUGUCCUUAGUGGGAGGAGGUGAUGAAGGAGCAAGUACCUUGCCCUGUGUGGACUGCCCCUCUCCAUUUUUGUCCCUUGGGAGCAAGUUAAAGCCAACUCUACAUAAGCCAAAGGCUUUGGUUCCAGCCUGAGUCCAGCCCUCCCUUCAUCCGCUCCUCCGUGGCUCACAUACUGCAGCAUCUCACCACCUCGUCCCUUUUAUCCUUGAGAAGAGCCCUCAUUUCUUCCAAAUCCAGAGUGAACAGACACGUGGUGUGUGAGUCCCUCCGGCUGGCCCGUGAGCAUAAACACAUUCCUGAGCCUGCGCAGGACCCAGGAAUGACUCAGGCUUCAGGAAUGUGCAAUCGGAUCCCCUCACUUGGGGUCAAAUUCCUAAGGUGAGCAGUUAGCAGACCAAACCAGGAAGCCCUGGAUGAGCCUCUGCUUCUCUCAAGGAGAGUCAGGGGUCUGGCCUGGCUCCAGCAGAAACCACAUCUUGCCAUUGCCACCUCUUGGUUCUGCUCCUCCCCUGCUGACCCGUACAGCCUUAGGCAGUUGGGGGGAUGGUGGUGCAGGGGCAGAAGGGGUACACAAUGGCCCCCAUUCCAUGUGCAGGUUCAGUGCUCAGACAGCUGGGGCAGGCAGGCUGAGUCAGCAAGGGCAGGAGGCUGGAGCAGAACUGUGGUGGGACUAGCACACCCCAGUCCUUCCCCAGCCCAGCCCCUGAGCAGUGGGAGGAAGAGAUGCCUCCAGACCUAGGACGAAGAGAACACCUCUCUCCUGCGAGCAUGGCUGGGCCACGGUGUCCUGGCCUACUGGCCUCUCCAGCACAGCCUCUGGGACACUGGCUGCUUUCUAGAAGCAGCACAGCGGAGCUCCACACUAUCUGCAUCCCACCUGGCCCAGCCUAGGCCAGGGAGUCUCUGGGGACACAGCCCUGUGUCCUCAUUCAGGGCCACAAAGCAAUUUAAUGAGGAAUCUCUUACAAUCACAAAAGAAAUCCCAUGUCGAAUGGCUCUGAGGGUGGUCCUGUUGCUGGAGGCUGAAAACACUAAUUAUGCCUAUGCCUGUGAGCCUGGCACCAAACAUGGUGAAAUUCGGAAACUCUGAGCCAUGGGACAUAGAUAGGAAAUGCCAUCUCCAUAUAUGUGACAGUGCACAGGUGCUGUGCUGGCCAAGUCCCAGGAGUGACCUGCCUCCCAGGUGAUCUCAGACCAGUCAGGGAGAAUAUGACCUGACAGCAUAGUCCACUGAGCACUGGCAGUACCGAGCCCCAGGUGUCAUGAUGAGGGGCUCCGCUGAGGGUUUGGGGGCCACAGUGAGACCCAACAUCUGAAUACCCUUCCUCUAUUGGGGGACUCACAGGGACGGAGGAGAGCCCACAUCCUCCCACCAUGAGAGAUGAUGUGGGCUGGUGCCCUGUCCUCACUCCUCAUCUACAGAGAUGUGACAUGGACUUGACCCACUGGCCCCUUCUCUCUGAACUUUGAAUCUGGAAGGAGUGGUGCCAGGCUUCAGGGAGAGGUGCAUAGAAUUGGUGGGGCCACAGGAACUCAGGAAUCCAGUAGUGUCCCUCCAGAGGUGGCAGGUCCUGGUACACCCCCCCGCAUGGUGAGAUCCAGCUGCGCCCUCCCUGGUUCCUGCCUGGCUCUCCAGCCUUCCUGAUAACACAGUGAGUGGCCCCAUAUCCUUUCAUUAGAAUCCUUUUCUAUGUGAGCUAGCCAAAGCCAGUUUCCGUGGAUGGCAUCGGAAGGUGAAGUGCAAUGAGAUAACCUGGGACUGAGAACCCAGCUCAGGACAGCUCAGAAGGGUUGUUCAGAAGUGAGGGACCACCGUGGAUGGCACAUGCCUGCUCCAGCAUCCCUGCUUGCUCAGGGCUGAGGAGAGGCUGGGGUGGCUGAGGUCUUGGUUCUGGGCACAGGGCGGGCUUGGGCUCUCAGGUUAGGCUGAGUGGCAGGUAGGCCCAGAGUAUAUGGAGGCAGGUCCAGGGCCUAGUACGUGGCAGAGGACCUGGACUCCUCUUGGCCUGCCUGGAGCAGAUGGGCUUGUAGGCACUGGCGGCUCUGACCCUGCCAAGAGGGUCCCUGUCUGGGUCUGAACCCCUCAGGAAAGAGGAGGCCCAGCACAGUGGGUGUUUGUCCCUGUCUGAUGCUGUCCUUCCCUGGAGCAGGAUGAGCUGAGCCCAGUGAGCUGAGGUCACGUCUGCACCAUGACAAUCCUCCCACUGUCCCUCAGUCGGGACAUGCAGUGCCAUCCCAGCUGCCCCUUAGCUGAUCUCCUAGGUGCCUGUGAAACCCCAGUGGAGAGAGGGUGGGUGGAGUCCCCUGAUGACAAGGAUGCGGAUACAGAGCAAGAGACCAUGAUGUAAUGGGCUGACAUGAUGGGGAGGGGGAGGGGUGCCUGUCUCUGGGGAUCUCUCAGCUGGAAAUAGAGGAAUUCAAUGACCGCCUCCCGCCAUGAGACAUCUGCAGGGCACUCCCAGAUCCUGCUACCCCCACCCCUCCCUCACUUAUCUGUGCUGCCUAAGAGGCCCACCCCUGAGGACAUCUCUUCCCUACCAAUCUCUCUCAGCCACCCACUGUAUAUCUACAGUAGAGGUAUCAGCUCCAUCCAUGUCAGCCCUCUUUAUGGAAGCUCUGAAUCCUGGAAGGCUAUGCUGAGCUUCCAGAGGCUCUGGGCACAGGAGGCUGUGUCUCUCAAGGCUGUUCUACACUGCCUGUGGCUUCACUUUCUUUUCAGCAGAAUGGGAGCCUUCACCUCUGUGAAGGCAGCCCACAGUGUGGUGAUCACACCCUGUAUAAAUCCUCCCUUAAUGUGGGGGCACCUGUGACUUAUUUCUAGCCAACAGAAUCUGGCAAAGGUGAAGGGAUUUUGCAGAUGUAAUUGGGGCCCCAAAUCCGUUGACUUUGAGUUAAUAAAAAUAGACUAUUUUUUGCAGGCCUGGCUCAAUCUGCUGAAAACCCUUGUAAGAGGGACACGGUUCUUCCUGAGUCAAGUGCCUCACCUUGCAGGCUUGAUGGAGUAAGAAGCAGCUAUCUCACAAAAGCCCACUGGGUAAGGGCCAGAGACAGCCUCUAGAACCUGAAGGUGGCCUACAACUAGCAGUAGAAAAGCUAGGGUCACCAUCAUACAGCUGCAAGGAAGUGCAUAGGUAGAAACAGAUUCUUCCCCACUUGAGCCUCCAGAUGAGAUUACAGCCCAGCUGACACCUUAAUUGCAGUCUUGUGAGACCCUGAGCAGAGGAUCUAGGUCAACCACAGAAGCUGUGAGAUAAUAAAGGUGUGUUGGCCGGGCACAGUGGUUCAUGCCCGUAAUCCCCAGCACUUUGGGAGGCCAAGGUGGGCAGAUCAUGUGAAGUCAAGAGUUUGAGAGACCAGACCAGCCAAUAUGGAGAAACCCCAUCUCUACUAAAAAUACAAAAAUUAGCCAGGAGUGGUGAUGCACCCCUGUAAUCCCAACUACUUGGGAGGCUAAGGCAGGAGAAUUGCUUGAACCUGGGAGGCAGAGGUUGCAGUGAGCAGAGAUUGUACCACUGCACUCUG